GUAAAAUGAGAUUAAGAAAUGGAGCUAAUUAAUCAAUAAUUGGGGAGCUCAUUGACAAUUUGCAUCUAUAAAUACCCCAAGCAGGUAAGCACCUUGUCCAUCUUCACACAUUACAAAGUACUAACAAUACUUUGUAGCUACCUAAAGCUACAAGCAUGGCUUCAAGGUCUUUAGAAACAACAGCCUUUCUCCUUACCAUCAACUUGCUCUUCUUCACUUUGGUAACCUCCCACCAUACCCCGAAAGGCUGCCCACCACCACCGCCGCCGCCAUGCUCUCCAUCACCAACCCCGACCACACCUUCACCACCAAAGACUCCUACACCUUCACCACCCAAGACUCCUACACCUUCACCACCAAAGACUCCUACACCAUCACCACCUAAGACUCCUACACCUUCACCACCCAAGACUCCUACACCAUCACCACCAAAGACUCCUACACCUUCACCACCUAAGACUCCUACACCAUCUCCACCAACCCCUUCACCACCAAAGACUCCUACACCUUCGCCACCCAAAGCCACUUGCCCAAAAGACACACUCAAGUUAGGUGUAUGUGCUAACUUGCUCAAUGACCUUAUCCACCUAGUUGUUGGAAACCCACCAAAGACACCAUGUUGCACACUUCUUAAUGGACUCGCCGAUCUUGAGGCUGCCGUCUGCCUUUGCACCGCAAUCAAAGCUAAUAUCUUGGGAAUCAACCUAAACAUUCCAGUCUCCUUGAGCCUGUUGCUUAACUACUGUGGCAAGAAGGUUCCAUCCGGCUUCCAAUGUGCUUAAUUAGAUGUAUCGUCUAGAAUCAUGAAAGGCUGAAACUUUAACUUGUGUGUUUAUAAUACACAGAUAUGUUUAGUUAUGAUCGAUACAUGUAAAGAAUCAUAGCGAUAUGAUUCCAGAAUAAAUUUAUGUCUUCUGUUAUGUAAUUUCAUGAUAUGUACGGAAUCUUGAAUACUAUACAAACUUAUGUAGUAUUUGGGAUUGUAUUUUUAAUGCAAUGUUUACAACUGAGAUUUGAAAUUAUAAUAAUAUGCUUUUUUAAGUGA